AUGAUCGAGUGGUUAGCAGCACAGUUAGAUACGAUGGAUGUGGUUGUGGUAUCAGUGGUGAUGUUAGGAACGAUUUAUUUCUUAUUUCUGAAUAAAUUCAACAAAACGACAUCAACAAAUCGCUACUCACCUCAGUUCAUUACGAUUGACAAUCACGCGAAAACGUCUUCAACUAAUAGCUCAACGUCGAAUGCAAUUCGCAAAGAUAGCUGUCUGGUUGAUACAUCAUUCAUUGCUCGCAUGCAAACCGAGCAGAGACAGAUUGAAAUAUAUUACAAUUUACAGGUGUUAAUAAUGUAUGGAUCGCAAACGGGUACUGCUGAAGAGUUAGCUGGUCGUUUAUCAAAAGAUUUAAAACGAUACGGAAUAAAGGCGUUAUUAAUAGAUCCAGAGGAAGUGGAUGUCGAAGACUUCGCUCGUAUUCCGGAAGUGAAUGAUCUGUUAUUGGUGUUGUGUAUGGCAACGUAUGGUGAAGGGGAUCCAACGGAUAACGCGCAACAGUUACAUGAAUAUAUUAACAAUAAUGAUUGCAAUCUUAGUGGAGUACGAUACGCAGUGUUCGGUCUAGGUAACAAAACAUACGAACAUUAUAAUGAGAUGGGUAAAUAUUUCGAUAGACGUCUCGAAGAGUUAGGUGCAAAACGUGUUCACGAACUGGGUCUUGGAGAUGAUGACGGAAAUCUUGAAGAAGAUUUUAUGAGGUGGCGAGAAGGUUUCUGGCCAGCUGUAGUGCAAUCGUUUGGUUGGCAGAUUUCAGAGGAGGCAGGCUGCGAGCGACAGUAUCGGUUUGAAGUUGUUGACAAUCCCUCAAACACGACACUUUUCUGCGGCGAAUAUGGCCGUUUGGGCAGUUUCGAGAAGCAGAGGCCGCCAUUCGAUCAAAAGAAUCCAUAUCUAUCAGCUGUAAGAGUUAAUCGUGAGUUACACAAACCGAAAAGUGAUCGGAGCUGUCGUCAUAUUGAAUUCAAUACGAAUAGCGCUCGUGUAAGGUAUGAAACAGGCGAUCAUUUGGGUGUGUUUCCCACUAAUGACGUGAAAUUAGUCGAUGAAAUUGGACGGUUACUUAAUGCCGAUAUGGAUUUAGCGUUCCGCCUCAUAAACACUGAUGAGGAGAGUUCCAAACGAUACCCGUUCCCGUGUCCAUGUACCGUCCGAACGGCGUUAACGCAUUAUGUGGACAUAUGUGCACCGGUCAAGUCACACAUACUCAAAGCACUCGCUGAAUACACUUCGGAUGACGAGCAAAAACAACAGUUGAUAUUGUUGAGCACUGCGAAUGAGCAGGGAUUGAAAGAGUACAGUCGUUUCAUUCAAAAAGAACGUCGUUCGAUCGUUGAUGUGUUACGUCACUUCAGUACGUGUCGACCACCGAUUGAUUUCUUGCUCGAGUUAUUGCCUCGUCUUCAAGCACGUUAUUAUAGCAUAUCCUCAUCGCCGAAACAACUGAGUGAUGCAAUCUCUAUUACCGCUGUUGUAACCAGAUAUACUAUUGGUGAUCGUCUCAUUAAAGGAGUCUGCACUAAUUACCUCACAGAUAAGAAUGAAGGCGAUAAAGUGCCAAUAUUUGUAAGAAAGUCAACGAUGCGAUUGCCGCAUCGACAUACCACGGCUGUGAUUAUGAUUGGUCCUGGAACUGGUUUUGCACCGUUCCGUGGAUUCAUUCAGGAGCGUCAUUGGCAUAAACAACAAGGUAAGCAAAUCGGUCCAAUGAUACUCUAUUUUGGAUGUCGUCAUCCAGAGCAAGACUAUAUCUAUGAGGAAGAACUUAACGAAUACUUGAAAGAAGGCACUCUCUCUGAACUUCAUGUGGCUUUCUCAAGGCUCACCGACAAGAAGGUCUACGUGCAAAAUCAAUUAUGGGAAGAUCGUGAAACCAUAUGGAAAGCAGUCGACGGAGGUGCACACAUUUAUGUUUGCGGUGAUGCCCGCAACAUGGCACGGGAUGUGCAAAAUACAUUCGUGAAGAUAUUCGUUGAAAUUGGUGGUAAAACACUCGUUGAAGCUCAAAAAUUACAAAAGGAUUUAGAAAGGCAACGACGUUACCAAGCAGAUGUCUGGUCAUAG